AUGGGCAGCACCACCAAAAGAGACUACCUAGUCGAAGGUCUCGGCAACCAAGCACUCUUAGACAAGAUCGACAAACUGAGAGAGCUCAAUGUCGGCUGCAUCGUCUCUCUUCCCCAGCUUAUUGUCGUUGGAGACCAGUCUUCAGGGAAAAGCUCGGUUCUUGAGAGCCUCACCGGUUUCUCGUUCCCUCGAGCGGCUGGUCUUUGCACGAGAUAUGCAACGCAGAUUGCCUGUCGGCGGGAGCCCAAGAACAGUGUUUUGAUAAGUAUUAUUCCGCGUCCGGAUGCCGAUGACAUCGUCAAGCAAAGACUGCGGAAGUUCCGCCGCUGUCUUGAUGAGAUGAACCCACAGGAUCUUGCAGACAUCUUCGCGGAAGCCAACCAUGCUAUGGGCAUACGAUCAAGUGCUGGCGAUGCCAGUGGCGAAGAUGAUGGCUUAGUAACCUUCAGCGAAGAUGUCUUGAGUAUUGAGAUCAAUGGUCCGGAUCAGCCAGGCCUUACAGUUAUCGACGUCCCUGGUAUCUUUCGAGCAGCAACUCGAGGUCUGACCACUGAGAGCGAUAUCACAUUAGUAACUUCAAUGGUCAAACGCUACAUGAAAGAUGCUAGGACGAUAAUCUUGGCUGUCAUCCCCUGCAAUGUGGACAUCGCCACCCAGGAGAUUCUCAGGCUUGCUAAGGAUGCCGACCCCUACGGGUGGAGGACAAUGGGGGUCCUGACCAAGCCCGAUCUUGCCCCAGAAAGAGCGAUGCAGCAGAAUAUACUGGAACUCAUUCAAGGAAAGCGCCAGGACCUCAAGCUGGGGUAUUGCCUUGUCAAAAACCGUGGGGCCGACGAUUACAGUUCUUCACUGCAGAGACGAGACGACGAUGAAAGGGCUUUCUUCCGAGAUGAUCCUUGGCUGUCGGUUGCAUCUUCAAAGAGACUGGGAAGUGGUGCACUCAAGUUAAUUCUACGAGACCUCCUCAUGGACAUUUCGAAAAAGGAGUUUCCCGCAGUCAAGAAAGAGAUCACUAAGAACCUUUCCGAGUGCCGCAAAAAGGCGGAAGCCAUGGGUGUAUCAAGGAGCAAUGAGCAGUCUCAAAGAGCUUAUCUAGGAAAGCUUGCAGCCGACUUUGAGAAAGUUGUUGGCUACUCGCUCAACGCUUUCUACACUGAGAACCCCAUCUUCAACGACCGGCUGGAAAUGAGACUCAUCACAAGAAUCAUUAGGCUGAACGAGGUUUUCUCUGAGGUUUUCUCUCAGAGGGGCCAUACCCGACGUUUCGAGGACUCCUAUAUCAAAGAUGUUCGGGGCAAGCAGCCACAAACUCAGCUGCCAGAGGUCGAAUUUGACAUACCCAGUGACACAGACCAGGACCUAGAGGACAUUAUCCGUACCGAGCGCUUCGAGUGUCCGGAGCCGUCGGAUGAAUCCAUCAUGGAGCACAUUGAGGACAUCUUCCGGAAGAGCCGCGGGCCUGAGCUGGGCACGUUUGGGGGCGCUUUGCUGGGUACCACUUUCAAGGAGCAAUCCAGGCGUUGGGAGGAUCUUGUCAUGUCCCAUAUUAGUGAUGCGAUCGCACUGGUGCACCAUUUCAUUCGCGAGUUACUCGCCCACGUGUGUGUCGACAAGCAGGUUAUGGCGCAACUAUGGGACAAUGUCCUCCUGGAGAAGCUGCAAGCGUCUUACAAGCGCAGCAUGCAGCAUGCCAGCUUCCUCUUGCACGUGGAGCGCGAGGGAAAGCCCACCACCUACAACCACUACUUCAACUCUGAGCUGCAGAAAGGCCAAGGCAAACGUCUCCAGAAAUCUCUGCGCAGCCUGGCCAUCAGCAGUGCAGACUCUGAAGAACCCGUGAUCAGGCUGGCGUCGCUCAGCAGCUUCAACACCACCAGGUCUAACCCGGAGCAAGUGCGCGAAUACCUACACGACAUACUGGAAAGCUACUACAAGGUCUCCGUGAAGCGUUUCGUCGAUGUCAUUUGCCAGCAGGUGAUCGACCACUUUCUGCUCAAUGGCGAGAGCAGCCCACUCCAUGUCUUCAGUACGGAGCUUGUCUUCGACCUCAGCGCUGAUGUGCUGGAGAUGGUCGCAGGCGAAGAUCAUGCUACAAGACAGGAGAGAGAACGGUUAAGAAGGGAUAUAGAUGGUCUGGAGAAAGCAAUGCUAGUUCUGCGUGGAUGA